CGCUACUAAGCUACACACAUAUCAUCGUUCAGCUUCAAUCGGUCGCCUUAGCGAAUGGGGAGAUCAUGUGCCGUGUGGUGGGUUCUAGCGGAAGGGGAGUGACGCUACCGUUUUGCAAAAAAAAAAAAAAAAACAAACCGCAAAGCCCCUCUAACGGACACCGUUGGCGGGGGAUGUUUGAGGGUUUUGGAUUUCUAACGAGACGGCGAGCGAACGAGCGAGCGAGUGAACGACCAGAAAGGGGGCUUGUUCUGACCCGGGCCGAGCAGCACUAGUACCGUUUGCUGAUUGCAUCGUUCUCCAUAAACGCGCCAAAUCGGGUCCCAAGGUAUAUAAAGCUUAUAUAAAUCGUGCACACUGAUGUUGCUGGGCUUUCAGACGCCUGCCGUUCGAUUGUGCCCACGGUUGUGUUCGGUUGCCGGUGCCACUUUAUUCAGGAGCCUUUAGGUUCUUUUGGGACGAUUCUUAGACGCGGGUGAAAUAGGCGGCUAUUGGUUUGAGUUUAAGUGCACGCGUGCCACUGACAGUGUCGGGACAUUAGUGUUAAACGCCUCGAGUUGCUUGUGUUUGAUAAGGCGAUCGUGAAGGUGUGAAUUUAUCUGGAGCUACCCUCAACCUCAACAAACCGCCAGCAUGUCCACACCGAGCUGGAACUUCUGGAGCAUCCGGUGCGCUGUAGCAAGUGUGCUGCUGGUUGGUUUAAUCCCGGCAGCGGCCGCUAGUACACCGUUCGACACUAAACCGGACUUCAUCAAGACCUGCCGGUUCGAUCAGUCAAACUUCGUGGAGUGUUCCACCGAGUCCGUCCAGGGCCUGUUCGACAAGCUUGUAACCGGUAUCGAAGGGCUCGAGCACGUCGGUACGAUCGAUCCGAUGAAGAUCAGCAAAAUAAGGAUACUGCAAGGUGAUGGACCGGUCAGUGUCAACGCGUCCCUCUCCAAGGUGGUGGUCACCGGUUUUGCCAGCACCAAAGUCGUCCGAAACGUUGUCAGCAGCAAGGAUUUCGGCUGGGAAACACACAUCCGGCUGCCGAAGAUGCGCCUUGAGGGUAACUAUCACAUGCAGGGCCGCAUACUGGUAAUACCGCUGAACGGGCACGGCAAGUGUUGGUUCGAACCGAGUGGCAUGGACAUCAUCAUGCGUACGACCACCGUCCUGUACCAGAAGGAUGGUCACGUCUUCUACAACGUUACCGCCACCAAGGUCGAUUACACGAUCUCCGGACUCCGGCUGCACAUGGGCAACCUGUUCGAGGGUGUGAAGGUGCUGGAGGACAGCACCAACCAGUACCUGAACGAUAACUGGCGCCCGGUUUCGGAAGCGCUCAAACCGAUCAUUGCCAAAACGAUCGAGGACAUACUGCUCGCGAUCAUGCAGAACAUCUUCCAUCAAAUUCCGGCCGACUACUUUGUGGCGGAUCUGCCCCGUGCUUGAGGUGAGCUCUACCAGGGCGCAAUUGGUGCACGUUGUUGGGAUGUUGGGUGUCGCCUCCACACACAAAAAACAGGCGAACUGUAAAUAAGAUGCUUUUAGGACGGGAUUGUAGGUUAUGCGACCUGCUGUAAGUUUUUUUCCUCCCCCCCUUGGUAGUUGCCCUUAUGGUGGCUGACGAGGUUCUUAGCUGUACGAGAUCUCAACAGUGAAUGACAGAAAAAUUCCCAUUCCCGAAGGCUAUGCUAGCACGAGCAGAUGCUCAAUAUACCUAGAGCCUUUGCUAGCUGAUGAUGCUGAUAGAUGAACGCUUUUCCUCGUUCUAUCUUGUAGAUACUAAAAAAUAAAAAAUUAAUAAAAACUA